GUGUUUCUUAAUAUCCUUCCCCAGCCCAACGAUAUCGCGAUGAACAGUAUCGGGUAUUUUUAAAACUUUUAUUGUGCCGACUAGCAUCUCAACUGUCCUUUGUUCUAGACCGGAAAGCCACUUGCCCCAGAGGGGCGGUGCGCAUCAUGAUAGGUGACCAGCUAUGUCUGUUGCUGUGGAAGAAUUAUGUUGUUCGAAAACGAAAUCCAGGUAUGCUGGCUCUGGUCUUGUUAUGGCCAGUGUUGGUAUUCCUCGUUUUGUAUGCCGUACGAGAUAAUACCGAUCCUGAGUACAACCCAACUUGUCAAUUCCCUGCUCGACUGAUGCCUCAAAAUGAAUUCCUGCCGUUUCUGCAAAAUUUUAUUUGUACCUUGGGCAAUCCCUGCAAGCCUCUGUCAGAAUACGAGGAAGUACCGUCGUACAAAAAUGCCAAACUCGGGCCGUUGUUAAACGCUCUGCAGCCAAUGAUAAAAAAUGAAACAACCUUCAGUGUCGUCAAAGCUUUACCUAAGAGUAUCAAAUUUUUCAAAUCCAUGGCUGAAGUUCUAACUCGACCAGGUGUUAAGAAAAUAUUUGAAAGAGGUAUUUACCUCGGUGACUUAUUCAGUGAUCAUGACGAGAUCAGAGAUCUCAUACAACGUGAAGUGCCUAAUUUCAGUCCGGUAGUAGUGGAUAAUAUUCUGAACGCUUCUAUAAAACUACAAUAUCUUGCUGCGGCUUUUGGAUCCUCUAAUAUGGAUGGUAUUAUUUGCACGCCAGAGAGUUUAAAGCAAUUCCUCAUCCUCGAAACUGACGAGGAUCUUUUGAAAGUGUCUAAAGCACUCUGUUCUCUGAAUUCAACAUUAAUUCCAGAACUUCUGCAGAGAUUGACCGAACAACUAGAUUUCAACGGAAUAUUCAGCAUGGUAAAUUUGGUGAUGGCCAAGUUUAGUAGUUAUGAUAUUUUCAGAGAUCUUCAACAAACUGCGGAUUCCAUAUUGAGUUUGAGAAUGGUAGACUUACAUGUACCAAAAAAGCUAAGACUUCAGGAAUGGCUACCAAAGAUAAUUCCACUCUUUAGAAACGUAACUUUCAAGGAGAUCAACUUAUCAUUCAUUACCGAUGCGAUUGAUUUGUUGGACCCAAUAUUUCAAAAUGAAGCGCAUUGGCCUAUCGCGAGAAAUGGUUUUCUCAAACUAAACUCGAUGCUGCAAAUGGUCAAAAAUACGUUUCAGAAUAAUUCAAUCGACCCAUCGACUCACGAAAGUGUUUUUACAAUGACAGAGAAUAUUUUGACAAAUUUAAAUACUUCUUUCCACUCUUACGAAGCUGUAAAUGUAGGUAAAAUUUUGGAUGCCGCCUGGGAAGUAUUAUUGGGAGGUACCAAGCUUACUAAGAUUUUGUUGAGUGAGCAUCAAGGUGACAUUGAAGUAACGGCCGAGGUUUUCGACAGCCUGAGGAAUUUUUUUCCGAAGAAAAUCAUGAACAAUUUGUCGUACUUAAUUUCGUUAACGGAUGUGAUUGUUCAAGCUACACACCACGUUGCUACUCUUCAUUUUGAAACCUCGAAAAGAAUUUGGGACAUUGCCCAGAAUCAUACUUCACUUGUACGUUCUAUUUUAAUGACAAAUCCUACGAUUUAUCGGAAAAUCAUAGAAUCCCUAUCACAACUUGAUAUAGUCGAGAAUUUCUUAGAAAUAAAUAAGGGUGCCGGAGAAGUAUUUUGCGACCAGAAAAUGCUCCAGAUAAUUAUUAAUGACUCCAAAGACUCACCACAAGAUUACAGAGCUACUUUAAAUAUUCUUUGCAGCGAAGAAGGAAAAAAGUUUUUAACCGAAAUCUACGACAGUUUUAACUUUAAAAAUUUUGAACAUCUGGUACAAAACAUGCUGGACACAUUUGUUUAUGGAGCCAUAGGAUUACCAGUGCCAACGAGCACUUCUAAUUUAACAACUGUUAUCCGAAGCGUUAAGAAAUUUGUGCUUUAUUUAGAAACUCCUAAAUCAUCAAAGGAACCCGAUUGGAAAAUUUUUGUCCCAAGCAGUACUUGGUCUGAUACACAUCGGAACAUGAGUCCUCGGGGCAGAUUGGACAUACUUGCGAUUCAUCUGAGCAUUGCCAAAAAAGUGGGGUUGCGCAGUUUAAGUUUCGGUACUAUUAAACCUAGCCUCACUAAAAUGGAUUACUUGGCUGCAACAUUAGUUCGAAGCUUAAAAAAUGAACCGAUGGAUUGGGUAAAAGAAGUUGACGAAGACGUACCCCAACUAGUCAACGCGUUUUAUUUGACUGCCGCAAAUAGGUCUAAGGUCUUAAAUAUCUUUGAAAUUUCAAACUUUACGCAUGCUUAUUGCAAAGUCUCUGACCCACCUCACCUUAUCAUUUAUCCAAAAGGGACGAAUGAGACUCGUUUGAAACGUCGAAUUUGUCAAAUUUCUGAAUACAUCGAACGCAAAAUACAUUAUGGAUCUGAAAAUGAAUGGAAGACUUCGAAUUUUUCACUGAGCCAAAAUUCUUUUGAUUGGACAGAUUUCAACAAAAGAGUGAUAACGAUUUAUAGCCAUAUAGAUAGAAUUAUCCAUAUAAAGUAUCCAGAAUACAAUUUUACCGAACGGCAAGAGCUGAAAGAUCUGUUCGUUACUUCUUGGACGAAAAAUAUCACUUCUCGCGAUGGCUGGGAAAUCAGUGUAGCUCUCCUGUGUAAGUUGGGCGAAAUACUUGAUAGUCCACUGUAUGAAUUUAUGUAUCAUCAGCAAUGGGAAACUAUCAAGUUGUGGGCCACAGCAUUUUCGAAAGUUUUUCAGACUAUCGAGGAUCGAAUUACGAUUAUUAUGGAUAAAAACGGAACAUCUUCAAUUGGGUUGAAUUUAAUGCCGGAAACCGAAAUUUUUGAAGAAAUCGUUCUGAGAAAUAUCAAGGACGGCGUAAAUGAUGUCGCAGACUUACUAACAUUGAAAAUGCAAAAUCUUUCCGCAAUCAUUGAGUACAAAACUCACGAAACAGACUGGCCUUGUUUAAAAAAACAAAGCGUUGGUGAAAUUCUAGACGUUCGCAAUGGAACUCGUAAGAUUAUCAGAGAAAUUGAGAGAAUAGCUUGUAACCCUGGAUUUUUCAUCAAUGAAUGGAAACAGUUGUUUGAUAUACACACCAACGAAGAUCGUAAUUAUGAGACAUCGUUCGAUUGGACUGGAGGUUACAAAAAAUUCAGACGCCUUGUUGCAAAUCUUACCAAGCUAUCCUGGGAAUCGAGCAUUAUUUUAGGCGAACCAAAAAUCUCUUUCAAUGAUGUCCAAAACGUUUUCAAACAUGCCAUAAGAUUCGUUAAAAGUAAAUUUACGGACUUGACCGAUUGGAAUAACGUUGUGACGAGCCUCGAUAACAAAUUAAACGACCUAGUGAGUAGAAACAAUUACUCAACUUGGUCAACCGAUGAAAUUCAGAAUACGAAACAUGAUGUGGAUAUUCUAACCAGGUUCAGUGUUCUUGCCAAAUAUGGAAGUCAUGUAAUUUAUCAAAUUCUAACCGUUGCGUCGGAUAUUCUAAACAAAGGACCACAGACAGAUGCUUUCUCUAUACUUGGAUUCACCGAUAAGAGUCCCAUUAAAAUUGCAUACUCACAUCUCCCGGAUCUCACAGCGACCUUUAUCACCGGUCUUUCUAGUUCAUCCAUAAUGAAGAAAAUUUCGUCAAUUUCAAAAAAUCCAUAUGGUGGUCCAACUUGUGCAGAUGUGUUUCAUUGGUUUGCCGAGUUUAGGCAAGAGAUUUCUCCGGAGGACUAUACCAGACUGAAAAAUGGCACUUGUGAUUUGGAUCCAAUAAACUUCAAUGCAUUUACCGAUCUUCUUGUGAACGACGCAAUAGUCCGCACAAUGCCAGUAAAGGACUACCCACUCUACGCUGGAAGGACCAUCCUCAGAAUGUAUGAAUUUGGUAGAGCCGUGAAAAAUGCCGUAACUAAUGGGUUGAAGAUCAAGUCACCGUUUACGUCAGAGUACUGGGAUGCCGUUGGUAAAAAAUUAACGCAUGACCUAAAAGCACAUCGUACUCCCCAGCAGAUUAGAUAUGUUGACUCUGAGGAAACCCUUCAUGUUGCUGUAGAGUUUUUUGCCGAACUAUUGAGACACGUUGCGGCAUCACUCCAGAAGAUCGGAAUUAAGAAAGUGCCAAGUGGUAAAUUCUACCUUUGGGAUUUGGUGGAAGAUGGCGAUGUUCGCCAGUUGUUGAAAAUUCUUGAAGCACAUCCCUCAGAAUCGAUCUCACUUGUUGCAACUAUUGCUAGGUUCGACCCAACGCUUGCUCACCCAAUGUUGAUUCGUGAUCUACAACAUAACAUGUGCGAUCGACACUUUGGUACAGGAUUCUGGAAUAAUACUGAGAAAAUUAAUUUUUUGAAAAGAGUGUGUUCGUUUGACCCGCACCAACUGCUGAGAAGUGCAACAAGCCAAGAAUUAUAUGAUUUAAUGUAUGGUCCCCGUUCUAAAGUACAAAGAGAAUUAUCACUCUCGGAAUAUUUAGCCGAUGCGGUCGAAGCUUUUUCAAAUUUAUCGAAAUCGCAGCCAGAUCUUACUUUCAAAUCGAAUAUAUUUAAUAUUACGAUAUGGAAGGGCCUUGACAAUGAUACCUGGUCGAUAAUCCAAGACACGGAACGAUCUUGGUUGCAUUAUUAUUUCGACAAGAUGAACAUUGAAAAACUCAGUAAUGAUAGGCACGACUCUAUUUCGGAUGAUUACAAAAUUCAUCAAAUUGCUCAAAAUCUAAAUGGCUUUGACUACAUAAUUCAGAGUUUAAGCCUGUCAUUUGAUUUAUUAUUCGGAGGAGAUAUAUGGUCAAAGUUACGUGCUGUUUACGAGAGUAAACCUGUAAUGAAAGUGACAUUGUCGAUGGCUGAGGAUAUGCCUAACUUGAUGUUAUCGGUCGUGCACACAUUCUUCAAUAAGGAAAUACAAACUUCCGAUGUUACCGCACUGGUGAUGGGGAAAGUAAAAUUUUGUGAAGUCAACAAGUACUUGAUAGAGCCAAAGUAUAUGCGGAGAAAGGGACUUCUUGGUAGCUUUUCUCAUUUAUGUCAGCAACUUCGUAACUAUGAUGCAAGGGACAUUAUUCCGAUUGAUGCUAGCAUCCCAACUUCUUUAUUCUUCAAUCGCAACGAAUCAAACCUGACCUUCGCAAGAUCUGAGACCCUUAUGCUGAACCAUAUAAAACAACUGCAAUCACUGAUUAUUAAAACAAUGGCUGAAGGAUUUAAAGAUUUUAGGUUACCGGCCUACUGGACAUCAUUUAUGGCUGGGAACUUUAAGGAUUUUUUGACUGAAUAUGAAUCGAUGGACCCACAAAGCUUGGUUAACAUGACUGCCCGUCAAAUAUCAGCGUUCCUUGAAAGCAUGUUAGAAAUUGAACUAGGUCCCACUGGCCGUUGUUCUUGGUGUGGUAGCGCAACAAAUUUGUUACAUACUUUGAAUACACAAUUAUCGCAACACGAAACUUAUGCAACACUUAUUUGCUUGGCCGAGGAAUUGGAUUUCGCGAAAAUGCGUGUCAUUUUGUUUGACAAACUAAACUGGAAAGGAAUAUUGAACAAGGUAAACCAAAUCCAAACCAAGGGGAUAUUAAACAAGGGUAUCAGACUUGAUGAUGUUACGGAGACUAGUUCAGUCCCAGCUUUUUCGGCGGAGUUGAACAAUACGUUACACUACUUAGCAGAAAUAGCGUUCAGAUUUUCCAAGGUGAAUAAUUCGGUGAUGUAUUCUUGCGUUAACCACAAAUUUGACGGUUCCCGUGUCUCAAAACCAACAACAUAUGUCAACGUGUUCCGUAUAUUGUUGACUUUAAUAUAUGAGAAUGUAUACCUUUUGGAUACUGCUUAUACUCAUAAGAAAUUAUCAGAAUUAGGAAAAAUGGCGGAAAACACCACGCUAAUCUGGUUACCAGUAGUUGAUACUGUACUAGAAUCACAUGUUAACGAAGUGGACGAAUUACUACACGGUGCUUUAAUCAAUGUGAAUAUGCUGACGACAGAUAUUGUUCAUAACGAAACAAAGUUGUACGAAAUUCUUGUUUCCAAACAAGCAAAAUAUUUUCUACAAUACUCAAAUACUUCUUUCGACAUUCCAUCCACUAGCGAUGUUUCUCAACAACUAGCCAAAAGUUUAGAUUCAGGAAAAAUACACGCAAAAAUAACUAUAUGGCGAUAUGAAGCUACAACGCAAUUAUAUUGGCUUAAGGAUAUACUGAAAAACUUGGAAAUGAUUGCUGCCGAAGCCGGGCAUCUGUUGGAUGUUGCCAGUGGAAUGGAUUUCAGCAAAGAUUUGUCGCAAGCUUCCGACUCACUUGAAGAAGUCAUUCAAUUGCUGAGAGAAGAAACAAUCGAUAAAUUUUUUGAUGGUUUCAACGAACUUCUGGACCACACGGAACCAUUCAUUUCCGAUCCGAUAGUAAAAGAUGACUUGCGUACUGUGUUGAGCAUGCUGGAAUCCAUGGAAAUAUUCAAAAAUCUCGGACUACUCAAUACAAAAUAUGCUAUCAAAGAAAUGUUCCCCAACUGGCCCAAUCUGCGAUCAUACCUAACAAAAACCUUGGCAUUACCCGGUGAUGUGACUAAGGCAUUGAGCGGAGGAAAAGUAAACAUGCUGUCUGUAUACUCGAAGGAACGUCAAGCCGUUAGCUUGACGGACACAAUUUGUUCACCGGAAAAACUUGGAGAAAUAAUAGAGUUCAAGGGCGAUGAGACCAUGAUAGAAGAAAUCAGCGCCUCUUUAUGUCAACUCAGCAGUGAACAGAUCCAAUCUAUAACUAUUAGUUUAAUCAAAAAGCUGAAAUUUGGGACCCUUUUCAAAGAUGUUAUGAGUGCCAGUGUAAAAAAUAUUUUAUCGAACGCAAAUUUGAAUGAAAAAGAAGGGGUUGAAAUCAUAAAUAACUUGGGGUUCGCCGCCAAGUUGGUACCGCUUCUGAAGGAUGCUGUCACUAACAUGUCUGACCAAUUUUCAGCCGACUAUUUGGUUGCUAAUGAAACAGAAUCUUUUUCACCUAGCGAAAAAAUAAGUUUUGGAAAGUUUCUGUCCGAUACUGGUGAAAUGUUGUGUGGUCAACCAGUUGUCGAGGACACUGGUAGAUUUUACAAAGUGAUAUCUAAUAUCCGCGAAAAUGGGCAAGAAUUCAAUGAGGACGAAUUAACUUCACUUCCAAAUGAUUUCUGUAGGGAUACUUAUAAGGAAAUAUCAAGAAUAGGUGCUGGAAAAAUUGUAUGGUCGUACGUAAAGCCUUUGUUACGUGGACGUAUAUUGUACACGCCGCAAACGAAGAUUAUCGACAGUGUUAUGAAGGAAGUUAAUUCGACUUUUUUCUACAUUGAAAAUUUUGGUAUCUUGAUUGAUAGUUUUGCAAAGAGUAUGAGCGCUCUCGCCAAUCUGACAGAAUUGGGAGACGAUUUGACAGAUUUAAACCAGAUCCUGGCAUCAGAUUUGAUGAAAAUAGCGGUAAAAUCGCUCAGUGGUCCUUCUCUUGCUACUGAUUUAGCGAACUUUGACCUUGGAAAGUUAGCUUGGAGGAUGAAGAAUUCACAUAAAUUAGUAGAAAUUGUACAAAUGCUGAACAGACUAAUGGACUGCGUUUUGACCGAUCGUGUGAUCGGGUUUGCGAGCGAAAAGGAGUUGGAAGAAGAAGCUGGUAGACUCAUCAAAACCAAUGACUUUCUGGCCGGUGUGGUUUUUAUGGAUGAAAGUCCCGUAAGAAUAAAGCGAUCUUAUGUGGAAGAACUGCCGGAAAACAUAACUUACAAAAUUCGUAUGGAUGUUGACUCUGUACCCUCAACUUCGAGGUUGAAGAAUCAAUUUUGGACUCCAGGACCGGACAGCAGUUUUAUCGAAAAUUUGCGCUACCUAAGAGGUUUCAUCCAAUUGCAAGACUCGAUCGAUCGUGCACUCAUAAAAGCCAAAACACAGACUAAACUAGAAUGGCAAACAGUCUCUCAGCAGAUGCCGUAUCCAUGCUGGAAGUUCUUCACGUUCCAAUCAUCGUUGUACGAAUCUCAAGGACUCCAGGUUUGUUUCUUCUUUGCAUUGAUGGUGUGCGUAGGGGCAGCUGUAAGGCACAUCGUAUGGGAGCGAGAGUCACAAAACGCGAUGGUCAUGAGCGUAAUGGGUUUGAAGCCAUGGCGUAAUACCUUUGCAUGGUUCAUAACAUCGAUGAUUGAACUUAGCAUAGUAGCGAUAUGCAUUCAUAUAAUAUUAAUUACCGGUAAAAUUUUACCACAUUCCGAUCCUGUUUUGGUACUAUUUCUACUCCUUGAUUAUGUCUUCGCAUCUGUAACUUUCUGUUACAUGAUCUCAACAAUGUUCAGCUCAGCCAGUUUGGCAGCUGUUACUACAGUAGUAAUGUUCUUGCUGACGUACAUGCCUUACAUUAUCGUGAUUGCCAUGGAGGCUAGUGUGAAACUUACUCUCAAAUUACUAUUGUGUUUGAGCAUGUCCACGAGUUUCUGUUACGGAUGUCUUUUUGCGGUUAGAUUGGAAGUGCAGGGUAUUGGUUUAACUUGGGAUGCUGUCUGGAAAGAAACGAGCCCUGGAGAUUCUAUGUCUCUGGGGUUAGUAUUGCUGACAAUCGCCUUUGACGGUUGUUUGUAUGCGUUGAUUGGCUACCUUGUCACCAAAUACACGAAUUCAGGUAGAGGGUUUUAUGGAUUGAGAUCCAUUAGCUUAUGGUGGGCUGACACCCGUUCGUUCUAUGGGCGACCCAGCUACCUCGCCUUCGAGAACCAGGUGUAUUUCACUAACGAUGCUGUUGAACUAUCCGCAAGCACACAUGAAGAUGUUGGAGGUGACACCAGCAGCUUACAUGAAAACGACGAGAAGCAAACCGGAGUUCGUUUCGAUGAGGUGCGAAAGGUUUACCAAACGGAAAGUGGAGAAUGUGUUGCAGUGGACGAUUUUUCCAUAAAAUUAAUGGAGGGAGAAGUGACGACUCUUCUCGGAAGAAAUGGCGCUGGGAAAACUACUGUGAUUAAAAUGCUCACUGGCAUGGAAGCACCAACCAGUGGACAGAUCUGGCUGCCCAAUAGCAGCUCUAAUAAACCUAACAUAGGAGUUUGUCCCCAGAACAAUGUUCUUAUUGGAUGUCUUACCGCUCGUGAGCACAUGAUAUUUUACGCAAGAUUAAAGAAUAAUGAAAUCGGAUAUGAUAUGGAUAGAGACAUUGAUACGAUGUUGACUUCGAUGGAAUUGAAUGGGCAAGAGGACGAGCUCGUUUACAGACUUUCCGGAGGCACACAGCGUCGCCUAUGUGUUUGUUUAGCGUUUCUCGGUUCACCGACAUUGGUUAUUCUUGAUGAACCCGGUGCUGGAGUGGAUCCAGCAGCUCGUCGGAGAAUCUGGCGUUUAAUCGACAAACACCGUAUUGGAAGAACCGUUUUGCUGUCUACUCAUCACAUGGACGAAGCUGACAUGCUGAGCGAUACCGUAGUCAUAAUGCACAAAGGAAAAAUUCUCUGCAGUGGUUCACCGUUGUCAUUGAAAUCGAGUUAUGGACAUGGUUAUAAAAUUACCGUAUGUUUUCCGUUGCAAGACUCUCGGACUAGAACUAUAAAGGAGAGAAGAGAUGAUUCGCAAAUGGUAUCAGAACCUUUGGAAACCUUGAUGACCGUUCUAGAAGAAGUAGUUCCCAAUACAUUGCUCAAAGGUGUGAGUAAUUCAGAAGUAAAUAUAAUUAUACCCUUCCAAAGAGCAAACGGAAUCGCCAAUGAUAUGGUGGAAGUUAUGAAAAUUCUUGAAGAUAAUCAACACAUAGCGGGGUUCUCUCACUUUAAUGUAGAGUGUGAUACACUUGAAAGAAUUUUUCUGGAUAUGUGCACCCAUGCGGACAGCGGGCAGAUGUACCCAAAGCCCACAAGUUUGGAAAGCUUGAAUAGUAUUAGCAGCAUUGGACUUGCUAAUCCUCCUGACGACGUUGACUUGAUUGAUCAUGAACCCAAGAUGCCGCAAUCCGUGAUUCGACAAGGUAAAGCUCUGUUGAAAAAGAGAUGGUGGCAUUUUUCACGUGAUUGGUGUGCACUUCUUGCGGCACUAGUUUUGCCAACCUUAUUCGUCGCAGUCGCAAUGGGCUUUUCUUUGAUCCGACCGCCUUCCGACAAUCAACCACCUCUAUCUUUGACCCCUGAACUAUACAACGCUCAUCCAUUACGUUUUUACAGCAUUGAUAAUACCAGCGAUAAAUUCCAUGGAAGCAUUUCGCUGCAACUGCACAACCGUUUUGGGGACGACUAUGCAGGAGCUUGGCAAACUUCACCGAAUGACACGCAAACCUGCAAAUGCCUCGACGGUGAUCAAGUUUGUUACGGACUUCCACCUCCAUAUGAAGGUUUAAUCGAAACUUUUCCGGGUCGUCCAACACUUGACUGGAUCGUAUCAACGCAGCAGCAAUAUAUUGAGAGAAGGUAUGGCGGAUGGUCCUUAUCGCACAUGGAGCCGGAGAAUAAGACAGGGUUAUUCGUGGUUUGGUACAACAAUAAGGGACACCAUUCAUUGCCGGCUUACAUCAACGCUCUCAACGAGGCAAUCUUUAAAGCAAAUGGAGCGUCAGGUCAUCUGACAACAAUAAAUCAUCCGAUCAAGUUAUCCAGAGAUCAACUUAACCGUACCAGCUUACUUCAACACGUGGCUGAUGUCGGUGUGGCCCUUGUAUUGCUAGUGGCUUUUAGCCUCGUUGGUGCUCAGGGUGCAAAGGAACUAGUUCGGGAAAGACUCUCUGAAGAAAAACGAAUUUUCUACCUAGCCGGAGUUCGACCAUUAACUUAUUGGACCACUGCGCUGAUUUGGGACAUUCUGGUGUUUGCAGUAUCAAUUCUCCUAGCGGUGAUAGUCUUCGAGAUAUUUGGACUUCCUGCUUACGUAGCCAGAGAUAACCUUUUAUCAGUUUGUGUUAUUUUGUUUCUUUACGCGUGGGCAGUGAUUCCAUUCACGCAUUUGGCGGAAAAAAUUUUCGAUGAUGCCAGUCUCUCAAACAUGGUUCUUUUCUGCCUGAACACUUUUAUCGGAGUCUCAUCGCUGGCAACGAUUCUAAUAAUCGACAUUCUUGGAAAAACUAAAACCGCUGAAGACUUUAGAAACUUCCUUCAUCAACUACUACUAAUUUUUCCCCAGUACGCUCUUGGAGAUGGUCUUGUACAAAUGUCAAAAAACGACAUUACGGCUAGUCUUUUGGAAAGAUUUCACAUGAAUACCUACAAGUCGCCACUGAGCUGGGAACUUCUAGGUCCGCACUGCCUUUAUCUGUUCGCGGUAGGAGCGAUUCUCUUCGCGAUUAACUUGGUUGUUGAAUGUCGCACGCUACCAGAUAUUUUUAAGCAAAAAGUCGUGUAUCGAAACAGUGAAGAGGACGAAGAUGUAGCCAGGGAGCGGAUCAGAGUCGAAAAAGGACUCUGUAAUGACGUAUUGAAGACAAUUAAUCUUCGUAAGGAGUACAAAAGUGUUGCUGGAAAGAAUGUUGCCGUCCAGGAUCUCAGCUUUGGAAUCCAGGCAGGAGAGUGCUUCGGUCUUUUUGGCGUUAACGGAGCUGGAAAAAGUACAACCUUCAAGAUGUUGACGACAGAGAUUAUACCUACGGCUGGUGAGGUUGUUAUAAAUGACAAAGAGGUUGGGUCUGGUCCACUGUGCUCUGGAGACUUGGGAUACUGUCCUCAGAGCAACGCUCUGGACCCCUUCCUUACGCCACAUCAAUCUUUGACUAUCCACGGUGAAAUCUGUGGCCUCAGAAAUGUUCCGAGGGCCGUUGAACUCUCUAUGAAGCGUUUCGAUCUUAUCAAAUAUGCUCACCAAAGAGUAGCGAACCUUAGUGGUGGAAAUAAGAGAAAACUAUGUGCGGCCAUUAGCACUAUGGCACCGACACAAGUCGUUCUAAUGGAUGAGGCAACUAGUGGCAUGGAUCCAGCAGCAAAAUAUCUGGUUGCUAGGGCAGUGAAGUCUAUCCUCAAAAAUCAAGGUAGUGUGCUAAUAACGUCUCAUAGCGUAGCUGAAUGUGAAGAUCUUUGCACCCGCGUCGGCGUUUUGGCCAAAGCAGGCCUAAAAUGUAUUGGAUCGCCGCAAUACCUUAAACACAAGUAUGGAGAAGGCUACAUCGUGUCCUUGCGGUUCAAAAGCCCCACUUGUUUAACAGAUCUAUUGAAAGCGAUAGCCACGCACCUUCCAGGAACUAGUAUUGCUUCCAGACAGGCUCUCGCUGCUCGAUUUUUGGUACCACGUAAUCAUGACAUGAAGCUGAGCACAGUCUUCGCAAAGGUCAAAGAUUUGGCACGUGAAUUGAAUGAUGCGGACUAUACGCUUACUCAGAGUUCACUAGAUCAGGUUUUGGUGAACUUGUCAGAAGAAUCGGAUGACGAAAGAAAUUUUGAACAUGGAAGUUCAAGUGACUCGCAAUUGUAUUCAAAUCUUGGCGCCAUUCAUAUGAAUACUAUGCGGCGUGAACGGUUUACCGCAUUACCUAUUAGUUGAUCAUAAGUUUAUGCAUACAAUAUCUACAGCUAAUGUUUCGUAUGUAAGAUUUCAGGUGAAACUCCAUACUGAGUAUAAUGUGUUUUAUACAGCACUUACAAUUGGUAUACAUACACCAUUCGCAUUGAUUAGAGUGGGUUCUGUAUCAAUGGUAGGGCAAUCUAGAACGCUUAGCUUAACGCACAGAGCCAAUGAAUAGCUCAAAAGACUCGCUUCGCAGAAUCCUUAUGGUAUAUGCAUACAGAUAUAUAAAUGUUUUUAUUCUAAAUGGAAAUUCAAUUAUUCUAUUUGCUAUAUGUACUUAUGACGUAAAAUUGUUUGUAUUAUUUGCUCAAGGCCUGUUGAAUUUAAUCAAAAAGGCUGUUUCAGAUGUUUGUCAUUUUUAUAUUGCAACCAAAUAUUUCUGAAAUAAAAUUUUUCCUUAUAA